CUUGCAAGCUUGUUCUCAGCUCUCGGUGGCUUUUGGAGUGUGCUGAAAGUCAUCAGGAUACAGACGGGCUCCAUCGGGAAAUGAUAGCAGGACGAGAUCAGCUGAGGGAGCUGCUUGCUGAGGUCUGCCCUGGCUGUGGUUGCCUGUAACUCCACUGGAGGAGAGGUGCGCGAUCCUGUCUCACUCAAUGUGCUUGCUGGACUACAAGAGGAUCUCCUCACUGCCUGGGAAAUCAGAUUUCCCCAUUGUUCAGCUGUAAAAUAGCUGCACAAGGCCGCGAUUGGCAAAGGACUGGAUCACCCAGGUGGCUUACAUCACGUAGGCAGCUGCCACCGAAAUGACACUCUUGAUUGAAGGCCAAAAGAACCAUAUACGUAACUGCCUGUGAUUAAGCUCCAUAUGAUGCCUCAGAGCAAGUAAAAAACCCCUCCUUCAUCUCAUCUUGUUUGUAACGAGACAACCAUUGCAGGGAUAUCAUUUGGGUCAUGUUGUGGCUUUUGGGGGAUUUUUUGUUUUGUUUUGUGUUUGGUUUUUGGUUUUUCUUUGCUUCUGGCUGUAAACUUCCAUGAUCUGCACCAAUCCGCUGUUGCACCCUUGCGUGAUGCCCCAUGAGAGCCUGGUGCUGUAGGUGUGCUGGUAGCUGGGAACACAAAUUUUACCAGGGAGAAGAUGCCAUUCCACCAUGUAACAGCUGGCUUGUUGUACAAAGGCAACUACCUGAACCGCUCACUCUCUGCUGGCAGUGACAGCGAACAGCUAGCAAAUAUCUCCGUGGAGGAACUAGAUGAAAUCCGUGAAGCUUUCCGGGUGCUGGACAGGGAUGGGAAUGGCUUUAUAUCCAAGCAGGAGCUGGGCAUGGCAAUGCGUUCCUUGGGAUACAUGCCCAGUGAGGUGGAGCUGGCGAUUAUCAUGCAGCGCCUUGACAUGGAUGGGGAUGGCCAGGUUGAUUUUGAUGAAUUUAUGACUAUUCUGGGACCUAAGCUGGUGUCAUCGGAAGGCAGAGAUGGCUUUCUGGGAAAUACAAUAGACAGCAUAUUCUGGCAGUUUGACAUGCAGAGGAUAACACUGGAAGAGCUGAAACACAUCCUCUACCACGCCUUCCGGGACCACUUAACAAUGAAGGACAUCGAGAACAUCAUUAUCAAUGAAGAGGAGAGUUUAAAUGAAAACUCUGGCAACUGCCAAACAGAGUUUGAAGUGCACGCCCAGAAGCAGAACAGACAGACCUGUGUACGGAAGAGCCUUAUCUGCGCGUUUGCUAUGGCCUUUAUUAUAAGCGUGAUGCUGAUUGCGGCCAACCAGAUCCUGCGGAGCGGCAUGGAGUAGCCUCUCACCAUGACACUGUGAACCAAACUGACCAUGCAUGCGCAUGCCACCGGGUGAGCUCCCCCCGAACCGACUCUCACACGGCAAAGAGACAGAGGCAGGCAGAUAAAGCACCAUUCGACAAGGAGCCUGAGGCCAGCAGCGUAAUGUGUCUUGUGAAUCAACUACAUUCUUUUGGCAGGGACAUAAAAGGGCUGUCUUAAUGCUUUAAAGGUUUUGUUUCCUAAUGCAAUAAAAAAAUAAUAUACAGGA